UUUUUGUAAAAGUUUUCACCGAUUAAAAAUAAAACAACCUUCAUUUAUGACUCAUUUUCUCCCUUUAUACUUGGGAAAGUUUUAAUUAAUUAGGAAAAAAUAUUGAUUUUAAUAAAUAAGGUGACUAUGUGUCAAAGCACUGGCAACAAUGUAUUGUAUGGUUCUUUUCUCAGUGAAGCCAUCUUGGCAAACGUUAGUAACGUGAAAUAAAACUUAAAUUUUUUCAAAAUGGGUCGUAUGCACGCACCAGGAAAAGGUAUUGCCCAGUCGGCAUUGCCAUACAGAAGGAGUGUACCAACAUGGUUGAAAGUCACACCAGAAGAAGUAAAAGACCAUAUUUUUAAACUUGGCAAGAAAGGCUUGACUCCAUCACAAAUUGGUGUUAUCCUCAGGGAUUCAUAUGGUGUUGCCCAAGUAAGGUUUGUUUCUGGAAACAAAAUCUUGCGUAUCAUGAAAGCUAUGGGUCUUGCCCCUGAUCUACCAGAAGAUUUGUACUACCUUAUCAAGAAGGCAGUAGCUAUCCGCAAACAUUUAGAACGUAACAGAAAAGACAAGGACAGCAAAUUCCGUUUGAUUUUGGUAGAAUCACGUAUCCACCGUUUGGCUAGGUACUACAAAACCAAGAGCGUAUUGGCACCCAACUGGAAGUACGAAUCAAGCACAGCAUCUGCUUUGGUCGCUUAAAUUGUGCUUUUAUGUUAAGUUUAUAAAAUAAAAAUUUCUACUAAGAAA